CAGAGAGAUCAAAAAGCACUCUAUGUCCUUCUCUUUUGCAAAUCGAAGGAAAACACUAACAAAAACCCAGAGCUGGGGGCCUGGAAAAAGCAUAGGUUUUCCGACAGACAGCUUCACAAUGAAAGGAAAUCAGUUCUCCUGCAGAAUUGUCCGGGGAAACAUGCCUGAUGAGAACAAGCCAUUGCCUGUGGGGUAUCAGCAAAGGCCCCGUUUCAGGUCAGCUGAUGAAGUGUUUAGAGAGGUGGACCAGAGGAAUCCUGGAAGACCACCCUCUUAUGAAGAGGCUACAAAAAACUGCCUGUCCACUCAAGUUCCAUCCUACAGUCUUACAGUUCAAACUAUGCGAUCAACGAUGUCAAAGGAGGAUGCUUUGCCACCCUAUCCAUGCACCAGCUGUGCACAGAACAUAGCAUAUAUGGCUCCCAGGGCUCUCCUCAGUGACGCAAGUUCUGCAGGGAAGGAUUCCGAGGGAGAAACUGCAACCCACAAUGUUGCUCUUGGAGUCAACUCCCGUGUGAGUCUACCCGUGACUCCUGGAGUUUAUCGGCUGAGAGCCAUGUCCGAAUCCUAUCAAAAGAACAAACAUGAGUACAUGACUCGGCGAUGCAGUCAGCCCAUUUUUGAGGUAGACCAGAUCCAGUAUGCGAAAGAGUCCUAUGUUUAAAUAGCCUGUCUCUCCUCUUUUCACUCUACAAAGUAAAUAUUGUAAAAUAGACGUCUUGCUCAUUCUAUGUAAGAUUUUACUUCCAAGGGAUAAAAAAUAAGCUAGCUCUGCAUGAGCAUUUUUUAUUGGGGGACUCCCCUGAAACUGUUGUCAGCUUGACAUGUUACAUUUUUCCACCAGAAGAGGUAGGGUGGACAGACCCAUGUAUUGUUAUGUAAAAAUACUGUGAAUAUGCUGUAUAUAACCUGUUACGUGAGAAAUCUAGCCAUUAGUUGAUAAACAGCAAUGCAUUUGUAUCCCUACAGGACGAUUUCCAGAUUAGCAUGU